AUGGUCGACUUCACCAGCCUCCCAGCGGAAGUUAAGCUCGGCAUCAUGGAGCAUACCCGGGGCUUCGACAACCUCGCCAACCUCUGCGAUACAACUCGCGAGCUCUCCACACUCUUCAAAUUGUUCCAACGGCAGAUUGUCGCCUCAGUCUCACGCAACUAUCCAGAGAUAUCCGCGAACUUCACACAAGAUAUAUUUCGCGCAGAUAACCACAUGGACGCCGUGGUGACAGUUCUUGCGCCUGGCCUUGACGGCAAGCCCUUGACCACAUACCGCGUCGCGGAAGAGGAACCAUGCUGUGUUGACAAGACGGAGAAAUUGCGACCCUAUCAUGACAUCAACCUGGAGCUCAGCGCGAUUGUGGAGAUGUGCAUGGCCUCAAAAGCGGGGAUCUACGGCCCACUGUUCGACACGCCGUUGACUCCACCUCGCCGAAUCUACACCAAAGCCUUGUAUGAGCUUGUACAUAUCCUGGUUCUCGCCGGUGGAAUGGAGCGUCAUGGUAUCGAUUCCAAAAACCCGAAGUUCCACCACCCAUCCCCACGAGAGAUCGUGGUCGGGAAGCGACUCAAUCAGCCGAUGAACGUAGCCAAGAUGAGCUUCGUGAUCCAGAGCCUACAGAAGCUCCCAUUCGACGAGCUGGUCACCGUUGGCGACAUUCUCCUCGUCGUCCGCGACCAAAUGCGCCAGAAGUCCACCUGCGGCUCAACACCCUACGCAGACAACAGGCUUUUCAAACUACUCUGCGACUGCCAAACCAACGGAGAUAUGUGUGCUAUGCUGCUCUUGGCGCAUUUAUGGGUGCUCAUUCGUGAGCACACUCACCGCGACAACACAGUUUUCACUCGCCAUCGUGUCACGUACAAGAUGGCGCAGGACGAGGUGUUCAAGAGGGUUGCGAAGUACAUCGACACGCGUAUGUUCCAUGGUGAAGGGCUGGUGCGCUUGGGAGAGCUACGAAAGGUCGAAACGGCUUAUCGCAUGCCUUGGCGCGAUGUCAGGGUGAUUGCUAUGGCGGAUGUGUAUGAGGCGCUUGGGACUUGA